UGGGGGACGGACUACGCGACCGCCUCUCCCCUUCCUAUCCGCUCCGUGCCGUGUCUCUUCUUCCUUCCUCCUCCCCUCCCCUCCGAGCCUGCUAUAAAAUCCCCGCCCCCUCCCGUCUCUUCUCCACACAUCCGAUCCAAAUCCAGCCCCCUCCGAUCGAAGCGAAGUCAAGGCUCUUUCGUCCUCCUCCUCAAGAUGCAGAUCUUUGUGAAGACCCUCACCGGCAAGACCAUCACCCUCGAGGUUGAGUCCUCGGACACCAUCGACAACGUCAAGGCUAAGAUCCAGGACAAGGAGGGCAUCCCUCCGGAUCAGCAGCGUCUCAUCUUCGCUGGCAAGCAGCUCGAGGAUGGCCGCACCCUGGCUGACUACAACAUCCAGAAGGAAUCCACACUCCACCUGGUGCUCAGACUCCGUGGUGGCAUGCAGAUCUUCGUCAAGACCCUGACCGGCAAGACCAUCACCCUGGAGGUUGAGUCCUCGGACACCAUCGACAACGUCAAGGCCAAGAUCCAGGACAAGGAGGGCAUUCCCCCGGACCAGCAGCGUCUCAUUUUUGCUGGCAAGCAGCUCGAGGAUGGCCGCACCCUUGCGGACUACAACAUCCAGAAGGAGUCCACCCUCCACCUGGUGCUUAGGCUCCGUGGUGGUAUGCAGAUAUUCGUCAAGACCCUCACCGGCAAGACCAUCACCCUGGAGGUUGAGUCCUCAGACACCAUUGACAAUGUGAAGGCCAAGAUCCAGGACAAGGAGGGCAUUCCCCCGGACCAGCAGCGUCUCAUCUUUGCCGGCAAGCAGCUUGAGGAUGGCCGCACUUUGGCGGACUACAACAUCCAGAAGGAGUCCACACUUCACUUGGUGCUCCGUCUGCGCGGUGGCCACUAAGCUCCUGGCCAUGGAUCUGCUUCUGUCUCUGGGUUCACAAGUCUCGUUGUCCUCGGUGUCCCCCAAUGGAGUCUGGUCUGUGUCCGUUGAUGCCUGAACUGUCUUUGUUUGUAUACCAUAUACUGUGAUGCAGUGUUAUCGUUUGUAUCUGCAAACUUCUGCUGGUGUGCGGAAGCUUUGAUGAACUUAAGAAUAAGUGAGCCCUGGAUUCGGUCCAUAA